AAGGGUGGAAAUCCGGAAAAUCAAGGAUAAUGAAGUUCAGUUCGGAAAAAAAAAAAACUUUAGACAAAUAAAAUGUCUGCUAAAAUUAUUUAAAUUCACAAAAUAUAACCAGAUAUCUGCAAAGGCAACGAAAUCAUGAACCGAAAUUUUGUUUUUGCUGUCAUUUUAUUGACUACGCUUUCCAUAGUCAAUGCUAUUCCGCAUCAACUUGAAAAUAUUACGUAUUAUCAAUGUGAAAAUUAUCCCAUACUCACUAUAUCACUUGAACCUAAUCCUUGGGUUUCUGGAACACCAGAAAAUUAUACUGCUUCUGGACAAAUAGAAAAAGCUACUACUAAAGAAACCAUUCUUCUUAUUCUUUUUGCUGUUGGAGGAAAAGUUAUAGGAAAUUUCUACCAACAGCCUAUUCCAAUAACUCCAGCUGGAUCUAUCACAGUAACAGCAAAUAAUGUUCUAACACCAGAAUUACCUUCCACAUAUGCUAAUAUAGUUGCUAUUUCGGAUACAAUUCAUAUUAAAGAUAUGUAUGCUUGUGCGAUAACUUAUAUUGGAUAUUAAGUCC